GAACCAAUCAAGUGAAGGCCCUGAUCAAAGAUUACAUUCAUGCAAAAUUUGCUCAAAAUCUUUUCUUCGAGAAACAGAUUUGAAAUUGCAUUUAAAAAUUCAUCCUAUCGAAAAGCCUUAUUCAUGUGACAUUUGCCUGAAAUCAUUUAGACAAGCUGGGAAUUUCAUGCAGCAUUUGAAUACUCAUACGGGCGACAAACAACAUUCUUGUAAAGUUUGCUCAAAAGCAUUUACUCGAUCAUCACAUUUAAACCGGCAUAUGCAAAGUCAUACAUCUCAAAAGCCAUAUGCUUGCGAAAUUUGUCCGAAAUCUUUUACUUUACCUGAAAAUUUAAAACGUCAUGUGAAAACUCAUAUGACAAAAAAGUCAUCAUAUAUAUGUAAAGUUUGUUUGGAGGUAUUUAGAGAACCUGAAGGUUUGAAAAAUCAUUUAUCAGUUCAUGCUGGCGAAAAGCUAUACUGUUGUGAAAUUUGCUUAAAAGGAUUUGGACAAUCUUCUCAUUUAAAAGAGCAUUUGAGAAGUCAUACUGGCUCAAAGCCAUACUCUUGCGAAAUUUGUUCAAAAGCAUUUUGCCAAGCUGCAACUUUGCAACAGCAUUUGAAAAUUCACACUGGCGAGAAACCAUUUGCUUGCGAAAUUUGCUCAAAAGCAUUUAAUCGAGCACCGCACUUAAAACGGCAUUUGAAAGUCCACGCCCCAACCGUAAAGCCAUUUUCAUGCGAAAUUUGUUCAAAACGUUUUACUUCUGCUCAAACUUUGAAAUGUCAUUUGAAACUUCACACAUGGGGGAAAUAUUCGUGCGAAAUUUGUCUGAAAGAAUUCAGUCAAGCUUCGUAUUUGAAGCAGCAUAUGAAAUCUCAUGCCGAGGAAAAGCCAUUUUCGUGCGAAGUUUGUUCAAAAGCGUUUAGUGUUGUUAAACAUCUGAAAAAGCAUUUAAUUGUUCAUUCAGACGAAAAGCCGUACGCUUGCGAAAUUUGCUCAAAAGCAUUUAGUUAUGCGUCAAGUUUGAAACAGCAUUUGAGAACUCAUACUUCGGUGAAACCAUUCUCAUGUGAAAUUUGCCAAAAAGCGUUUCGACAGAAUACACAUUUGAGAGUACAUUUGAGGAGUCAUACUGGCGAGAAACCAUAUUCUUGUGAAAUUUGUUCAAAUGCCUACACUCGGGCAUCACAUCUGAAGCGGCAUGUCAGAAAGCAUCAUGUCGAAAAUCCCAUAUUCACGUAAAAUUUAUUCCAAAGAAUAUUCACAAUUUUUUUUAAAGUACAGUCGGACGCCGAUUUAACGAAUUCAUCGGGAUAAAAACUUUUUACGUUAAAUCAGGGUUAUUCGUAAUAUCCGGGUUUGAAAUUUUUUUUACAAAAAUGCACUUACCUUACCUAAACCCCUAAUAAGCAACUGCACAAAAAUAAAGUUUGCACUUUUUAUUCAGAAUUCCAUGACUUAUUACACGCUAGUGAAUUUGAAAUUUUAAACUACGGAAUAAUAGAUGUUUGGACAAUUUCCUUGAUACUUGACUUGAAAUAGAUCUCUUUCGACUUUAUGGAGAGAAAAAAAUACUGUGUCUUUUGCAGCCAGCUGCAUGAGAUAUGCUCUUACAGUUUCCAGGCUAUGUAAAGUAUAUGAAAAAAUAAGUUUUAAUGGGAGUUUCUCUGUCGCUUUCAGCACCAGAAUCACUAUUCGUUGAUUUCUCCUUCGCCUGUCAAAAAUGGCUGAUUACAAAAAGUCUUUUUCUGCUUCAGACAAUAUGGAUGAAACAUUUAGAAAACAAUCCAAUAUUUCCCAACUCAAAUUAACAAAAAAAAAAUAUUUUUUGUCUAUUAAAAUAAUUUGCUAUUUCGGAGUUUAUUAUUUGGUAAAUACGGGGUUUUGCUCUCAUUUAAGUCGGAGGAAAAAAAAAAUCGCUAAAAAGAGGUUCGUUAAAUCGGGAUCUGACUGUAUUAGUCAAUAAGCAAAUCUGAGAGUUAUUACUCAGCUAUUCUCCCGUGAAAUUUGUACAAAAAUAUUUCUUCGGAUGCCAAUUUGAAACAAUAUUGGAAAAUGCAUAAAACCAAAAAGCUCAACAUAAUUUUGACAAGCUGCAAAUGUAACAGUAUUAUGUGAAUUGUGUUGAGGAAAAGCCAGGGGUCCCCACCUCCUAGGAACAAAGGCGCACCCCCUCCCUUAAUAUCUCAAAGUACCCCAAUAGUAAGAACCUCCCCCUCCCCCCAAAAAAAGUGAAAAAUACCCCUCAAAACAGAUUUUCCCUCUAGAAAUUUCAAUGCUGCAGUCUGCGCCAUGAUACCCCCCCCCCCCCGCCGCCCUAGGUAGGCACCACUGGAAAAGCAGUAAUUUGAUGCAACGUGUGAGACUUCAUUCUACGCCAAAAUUGGUUUUUGUGAAAUAUCCUGAGAGUCAUUUCACCAAGCUACAAAUGUUGAAUCACGUUUGAAAUAUUCCUGUUAAAAAGCCAAGUCUAUAUCUUCGUGUAA